AGCAACAGUAAACAGGGGCUCACGGCAAAUACACCUAAAUCUAACACACGAAGUGCAGUUACAAAACGUUGAUAUGUACUUAUUCUUGGUUAUUACUGACGUUUUACUGGGUAGUUUAAUUGAGCGUGAGCGAUUCGGAGAAUUUAAUGACUUGGGGUCUGGUUAAGAUUUGUCGCGACUUUUCUUUGACCAGAAAAUGAAAGGCACGUCUAAUGGCACUAAAGUGAAACCUGCAGCAUCUGCUAAAGAAGAGGAGUGUGGAAUAUGGCUUGACACAACUGAGUUUAAAGAAAAGAAACAAAAGAAACAGCCGACUCGUCCAAUCUCCAAAUUACUCAAUCCAUUGGCGAGAUCGGGAGGAUACAGUGUGGCUGUAGCUCUGAGCUUUACUCAAACUAAACUUGACAUGCCUGUCACUAGACAGAGCACAAUAUCAUCUUUCUUUUCACCUAAGCCUACAGACCCUAAGCCAAGUGCUGGUGAUGUUGAGAUGUACACCCCCUUGCACACAGAGGCAUGCUCUGGAACCAAACGAAAACAUGAGGUGACUUUGGAGCCGUCUGAAGAGACAGAUAUUACUUUGAGUGAGACAUCCGAGGUCUGCCAGCAGAACUGUGAUCUAGAUCAUGAAGAUGUAUCAGUGAAGGAUUCGGAUGAUAGAAAAGUGCAGUCCUGCCUUCAUUUCAUGCGCGGAUAUAAGUCAGAUGAAGAAGAGCCACCUGGAAAGCGAAGAGCUUUUGACAACUUUGCAGACCACAAUGUCUUAGACACACAGGAAUACUUAAAUAAAGCAAGAAGUGGAAGUCUGCAUGAUAUACAGACAAUUGCUGAAUCUAAAACUCUCUUUCAUGGCAAGUCCCGCGGAUUGGAUCCUCUGAUGAUCAGAAAGCCGUGUGCGGAAGCUUGUCGGGAUGUUCUUCCGUCUCCAUGUCUGAAAGAACUUCAAGAGUUCGAGGAUAAACAUGUUUUAAGAGAUCAGAACACCACCGUUGAGGGGCGUAUCCUAACCUCUAGGCCUGUCAGUGCAAACCACAGAAGAGCAAAAGCUUUUGCUAAUACUAACGUGGAUCAGGAGCAGUCUUGCUAUAAACCCAAGGCUUCACCUAUUAAACUAACAGGAAAGGAAAAUAGGCAGCCUGCCUCACCUAUUCACAGUGCUUCCCCUUUUAAGCAAAAUCUAAUAUCAAGUCCAGCUAAAUCCAGGUUAAAGGACAAAUACACUCAUUCCUUAAGAACAUCGGGUAAUGAGGAGUCGGGCACAGAGAUUGCAGGAGACAGUCACGCUUUGUUAUAUACUCAAGACUCGGAGGGCUUCUGUGUGAUUGCGCAUCGUGACCAACACCUGAGGAGUCCACUGAAAGACCACAGCAAUUUAUCUAUCGAAAAAGAUUACUGGAAUAGUGCAUCUGACAAGUCUUUAGAUAAGGAGGAUGAGGAAUCAGAUCUUGACGCAGAGAUCCUUUUCACCCAGGAUUCAGAAGGAGACAUAGUUAUAAAGCACUAGCCAUAAACACAAUAAUUACAUCACAUAAACAUGACAUUAAGGGGAGCAACUGCUUCAAAGGCCUUUUUAAUAAUUAAAGGUGAUGUUUAGAUGUCAUAAAAGCUCUUGGAUUUAUGUUUAAAACGAGAUUUGGAAAAAAAAUUAAGUUGUAAGUGAUCCAGUUAACUUUCUGAAUUAUUUAAAUGCAGAAAUAAACAUCUGUAAAAUUCCAAAUAAGUUACAAAUGUGCAGUGGUUUAAAUAUCACAAUUCAUAUUUCUCUGAGUUGAUGUCUUGUUUGCCACCAGAUGAACCGGAUUUGCAUGUAUGUAUACAAGGUUCUGCAAUCUUGCAAAUACUACUCAUUUGAUUCU